GCAGCACACUGAACAGUCGGAAAACUCAUUCAUCACGAUCCUUAUCAAGCUGGCCGUCGGCAUCACGCGCUGAAGUAAUAUUGUUACUACUAUUGAAAUGUACUGUGAUUCACUCACAUGUAACACGUUAUAUCAGCCAGUGGAUAUCUCCUAACACUUUCCUGUGUGGGGACUGGGAACCAACGUGUCGUGUUAUGGGAGAAACACGGAGGUCAGGCAUCAAUAAUGUCCGUGUGAAACGACCCUACUAUCGCUCCAACGGCUAAUGGUUUCUUUAUAUUGUAGCACGGGUUAAACUAGACCAUGCCUGGGAAACUGAAGGCCAAAAUUGUGGCAGGGCGCCACUUACCUGUUAUGGACAGAGCAAGUGAUCUAACGGAUGCCUUUGUGGAGGUCAAGUUUGGAAACACAACCUUCAAAACAGAUGUUUGUCCCAAGUCCCUUAAUCCACAGUGGAACUCAGAAUGGUUCAAGUUUGAGGUUGAUGAUGAGGACUUGCAGGAUGAACCCUUGCAGAUCACUGUGUUGGACCAUGAUACAUACAGCGCUAAUGAUGCCAUAGGGAAAGUUUACAUUGACAUUGAUCCUCUGCUAUGUACUGAGGCUGCCUCUGUCAUUUCUGGCUGGUUUCCCAUCUAUGACACCAUCCAUGGCAUCAGAGGAGAGAUCAACGUCCUUGUAAAAGUGGAGCUUUUCAACGACUUGAACCGUUUCAGGCAGUCGUCUUGUGGGGUCAAGUUUUUCUGUACCACAUCUAUUCCUCGGGGCAACCGGGCAGCCAUGGUCCACGGGUUUGUAGAGGAACUGGUGGUGAAUGAGGACCCAGAAUACCAGUGGAUAGACCGCAUUAGAACUCCUCGGGCUUCCAACGAAGCACGUCAGAGACUCAUCUCUCUUAUGUCUGGAGAGCUGCAGAGGAAAAUAGGGCUAAAAGUUCUGGAGAUGGGUGGGAAUGCAGUGAUUGGCUACCUGCAGUGCUUUGACUUGGAGGGAGAGUCUGGUCUGGUGGUCCGGGCCAUAGGUACCGCCUGCACUCUGGAAAAAAUCAGCUCCGGCAGCCUCGUGAACACGCACCCUAACACAGCGCCUGCUUCCAAUGCCUGCAAUUCCCCGUCUAAAGAUGGAAAGGAGCCGGUUUUUGGUGAGGAUCUGACCUCGUCCUCCGGCCCGCCUACCCCUUUCCGAGCCCUCCCCACCUCCUCCUCCUCUCCUCCCCCUUUCUCUCCCAGCAAGCCAUGCAGCCGUCAGUCCUCAUCAUCAGACACUGACCUCAGUUUGACGCCCAAGACGGAGGAGCCCCAGUCAGGGAGACGCAGGCCAGGGAUCUUCCUCUGCCCCAGCUCCCCCGUCUUUUCUCCAGACUCAUUGUCCCUUCCUGGUUUGGGCUCAGCGAAGUGUGGUCAUGGCUCUGGCCCCAGAGCGACCACUCCGCCCCCUCCCUCCUUCACCCACUCAGACUCUGCCUUGCUGAGAAAGAGCGUGUCUUUCACCGAGGACCUGCUGCUGGCAGCCUCCGGAAUGGGCAGCGGUGGCAGCGCAGGGAAGGAGGCCGGGCCCUUGAAGACACUACUCAGACAGCAGACGCAGACUGCUCUCGAGCAGAGGGGAGCAUCCUCCUCUGGGUUAUUGUUUAACGCCAGGGAGUUCCCCUUCUUCACCCUGACCUCUUUCCCGCCGGGUUUUCUGGUUCAUGUUGGCGGAGUGGUCAGUGCUCGUUCUGUUAAAUUACUGGAUCGCAUACACAACCCUGCCUUGGGUAACACGCGCUCGUACAAACUGCUAGACUGGAAUAGUGUCACCGCAGAUGAACCUGAGACCCGUGAUGCAUGGUGGGAAGAGAUACGCCAGGAAAUUAAAUCUCAUGCCAAAGCUCUUGGUUGCCAUGCUGUUGUAGGUUACAGUGAAAACACAAGCAUAUGCGAAGAGGUUUGUAUUCUGUCAGCAUCUGGCACAGCUGCCAUCCUGAAUCCUCGGUAUAUGCGUGAAGGCUGCCUUGACAUUGGCAGCAGCGACCACAGGUUCGAGGAUCCAUCACCUCCGAGCUGUGGCUUCUGUCACAUCCCAUACGAUGAGCUCAGCAUGCCAUUUCCUGCCCAGCUCACCUACUGUUACUACUGCAGGCGGCAAAAGGUUCCUGAUGUGUUAUUCACAACAAUCGACUUGCCAUCAGAGGCACCUGUUACAGGGAAAGGCUGCCUCAUUCAAGCCAGACUGUGUCGUCUGAAAAAGAAAGCUCAGGGAGAAGUGAACGCAACCGCCAUCUCAAACCUGCUGCCUUUCAUGGAAUACGAGCUGCACACUCAGCUGAUGAAUAAGCUGAAGCUCCGGAGCAUGAAUGCUCUGUUUGGUCUGCACAUACAGAUCAGUGUUGGCGAGAACAUGCUGCUGGGUCUUGCUUCUGCUACAGGAGUGUACUUGUCAGCUCUGCCUGCUCCAGGAGGGAUCCAGAUAGCUGGGAAGACCCCCGGCGACCUGACCAACGAGCAGCACAUCCUAUCUAUCCAGAAAAGGAUCAACGACACCAUCGCCAAGAACAAAGAGCUCUAUCAAAUAAACCCACCGAAAUUAUUUGCUCUGGACCCUGAGGUGUUCUGCGGCACAAACAUGGAGCUGACAGAAGAAGGGGUGGGCUCUCCGAUCCCUGAGCCCAGGCACAGAUCCAGACUUUUUCGCUCCCACUCGGAAAGUUCAGAUGAAGUGUCAGAGUUGGAUCUAUCGCACGGCAAAAAGGAUGCUUUUGUUCUGGAGAUUGAUGACACUGAUGCUGUGGAGGACAUCCACUCUCUCCUAAUGGAUGCAUCUCUCCCCUCGGGUUUCUACAGCUGCAACACUGAGACCAUGCCUGGGAUUUUUAACUGGACUACAGCAGUACAGAUGUUUACAUCAGUUAGGGUCCUAAGGUUGAGCAAUGCCAACCUUUCUAACCAAAGCCUGAACAAGAUCUUCACUGACCUUUGUGAGAAUCUGCUAAAGAGUUUUUACUUCAAGUUACGCUCCAUGAUUCCCUGCUGUCUUUGUCAUCUCAACUUCAAUGUAGCGGUGCCAGAAGAAGAGCUCAUUCAGGUUUCAGUGACAGCAGUUGCCAUGACGUUUGACAAGGACCAGACUCAGGAGAGGCCAGUUGAGAGGUUUAUUAUCAAAGGUGGGAGUGAGACUGAUGAGCAACUGCAAUUUCCUCUGGAGUUGUGCGCUGACUCGUCGUCCACCAACUCUCAGACUUCUUCCAAAAUUUCAGGUGUCCCAGAAAAUACCAUUGUCUCAUCCAGAGCUGCCUCCGUUGAUUACGGUUCCUUUGCAGACAGAUGCAGCACCUGGCUAGAGCUGCUUAGGCUGAAAGCUCACACCAUAAGACGAGGAUCAGUUAAGACAAGUAGGAGGACACAGUCUCUAGCACACUCUGUCUCGUCUUUGGAGCAGUGCAGUCCACUGACGGAGGGACGCACCCGUUCACUCCGCUCCAGCCGCUCCUUUGGAGGCAGUUCAGUGACCAUGGUGAAGAUGACGCCGCUCUCUUUUCUCCCUGGGACGCGCAACGUGAAAUACCUGGGAAUCAUCAACAUGUUCUUCAUCAGAGAGACGACAUCUCUACGAGAGGAAGGUGGGGUUAGUGGCUUCCUUCAUUCGUUCAUUGCAGAGGUGUUUGCGAUGGUUCGAGCCCAUGUGGCAGCUCUGGGUGGCAAUGCAGUGGUGUCCUACAGCAUGAAAGACUGCGUUUUAAUGGAAAAUCCAAACAAGAACCAGGCUCAGUGCCUCAUUAACGUGAGCGGGGAUGCGGUCAUCUACGUCAGGGAAACCGAUCAGGAGCCCAUGACCUCAACGACGAAUAUCGGAGAGACUUGUGCAGCUGAAGGAGCUACAUGACUCUUCGACGCUUGAUCUGAUUUUUACCAGCAGGAGGCACUGUCUGAGUGAACAUGCACUCCUAAAGUCUAGCCAUCCAAAACUGUGUGAAUUAAUAUUUGCCUUAAAAUUCUCAAAGAUUCAAAGGUCUGGACAUAUAAUAAGAAAAACAACAAUUACUAAUAUGCUCAAAACUGUGUAUUAUGUGUAAACAUAGGAGUGCAAUGUCUUUUAUGUUUGAACGGGGGCUGAUGUGGCUGUUAUUGGUUAAAACCAGCCAAAGAGCUUAAUUGAAGCUUCUCUUUUUACUUAAGCCGUCCACCCUGGUGUUCAAGCACCGCUACACUGUAUCGGCCAUCUCCUUGGGUUUUGCACACAUGAGGCAGCUAUAAUGAAUUUGUCCUUCUGCAAACCACUGACUUUCAGUAGCCAUGCUAAAAAGGGAUGCACACGUUUUUAAGCAAACCAUUUAUAAGCAGCUGGAUUCUUGCAGUGUUAUGCUGCGUAUUAUCUAACUUGUCGUGCAAGUCAAGUGUUUCCAUUUCAAUAGAGGUGGUGCCUGUAAGGAAAAUACAAUCCAGCCUGGAUAGGCAUCUGGAGCCAAGAGUAAGAAUAUCUCGCAGAACAUCUUUUCUAAUGACCUUUUGAUUUAUAAGUGCUCAUUUACUUUGAAAUUUAAAAAUCAAGUAGCACAGCAAGUAUGAUUUUAUCUACAACCAGAUUUACUAGUGGGCAAAUUGAGAUUUAUAUUUAAAGAACUUAAUAUAAAGUGGGCAGUUGGGAUCUACAAAAUGACUGUCAAACUCUGAGAUCUAAUCCAACCAUGUUCUCUUUGUGUAGCACCUGUGUCAAAUAUCACAUUUGCAAGUUUCAUCUCUGCUGAUUUAGCACUUGUCGUUGUAGGAGUCUCACUGCUGAUCUGUCCAACACCUGAAAAAGCAUCUCCUAGUGUUGGUGCCACCUAAAAAUAAACUGUAAAAUGUUACGAACAAUCAGAUCUGUUUUUGUUAUUGUAUUUUUAUAGCAUCAGUGAAUAAAUCCUGAUGCCUGUGCAGGGCAUUCCUGAUUUUAAUCAUUCUGUCAGAGGCUUAGUGGUACUCUUAUGUGUCAUCAGUAGUUUAUUAUUUUUCAGUGUUUUUGACUAAAACUUGAAUGUAUAUACAUGGAUGCUUUUGCUCUUGGAUUAGCAGCAUGCAGAGCAUCUUUUUAUUGUCAUGAAUCUGUAUGCUUGCCUGGUAAGUUGCACAAUAAACUCAUGUCAAACCAAA